UAAACCCUCUAAGCAUGUGCAAAAAUAAUACAAGUCACGAUGUGGUCGAAGAAUUUGUUCAUUUCCGUUUAUUUCUACGUCAUUUAUAAUUUGUUCUACACGUGUGUGAUUAGCAUCGAUGCACCAUAUAUACAUAUACCCGGAAAUGGUAUUAUUUCCGGGACAUAUUUGAAAAUGUACCGGACUCAAAAUAUUAAGGCAUACUUGGGCAUUCGAUAUGCACACGCUGCUAGAUUCUCUCCGCCUGACAUUGAAUUGCCGCCAUGGAAAGGUGUUUUUAAUGCAACUUCUUUCGCGCCCAGCUGUUGGCAACAAGCGCGCGCCUCAGCUAAUGCCCAGCUUGAAAAAGUAUUGGAUGUUAUUUCGGGAGAAAUGCUUAAUGAGGGUGGCACAAGAAAAUAUGAUGAGAACUGUUUGAAUUUAAAUGUAUUUGUACCUGACGGGCUACCUGAAGUUGAUGGAUAUGCUGUCAUUGUUUGGAUCCAUUCUGGGAACUUUACAAUGGGCAGCCCAAUUGACAUUGAGCCAUUUCAAUUGGUUUUCAAGCAGAAAGUUAUUGUUGUAACAUUUUCAUAUCGAUUAAAUAUUUUUGGCUUCUUUUCCACUGAUGACGGCGAGGCUCAAGGAAAUUUCGGAUUGAUGGACCAGUCUGCUGCACUGUAUUGGGUUAAGAAAAAUAUCAAUUAUUUUGGCGGUGACGAGAACCGGAUCACAUUGAUGGGCCACGAUGCUGGUGCAAUAAGUGCGGCUUUGCAUAUGACUUCGGGAGAGUGGUCAAAGGGUGCGUUUCACAAAGCCAUUAUAAUGUCUGGCAAUCCUUUAGUUUCCGUUCGAUCUCCACAUGAAUUCAAUAAUGAUUUGGAUAAAAUAUCAAAUAUUUUCGGAUGUGCUCGCAGACCAACAUCGCUAUUUAUUCAAUGCCUGAAGAGAAUCGACGCAAAAAUAAUAACGGAGAAUCUGCCGUCUGUUGAAUGGGGCCCGAUUGUCGAUUAUGGACUGAGUAAUACCUCAUAUCCAUUUAUCGAAAACCAGCCAGAAAACCUAUUCAAAAGUGGCACCUAUCACAAAGUACCCCUAAUUGUGGGCAUCACCGAUAUGGAGGAAGUUCUGGAAGUCUUCAAAGAAUAUAUUACAACAGAGCUGACAACGGAUGAUCUUAAGAACUUCUUUUCCGACAUUGCAGUAAAUGAUAUUUAUAAAGCGACUGGCAGCAACGAAUGGUGUACAAACUUCCCCAUAAUUUCCGACGCAAUUAAUUUUAUGUAUUCGGAUGAAAACAGCGAGGAAGAGAUGAAAAUUAAUACAAACUUAAUCAAUGCUCAUACUGAUAAAUUAUAUUUGACUCCGUUGGAAACGUUUAUAGAUAUUGUCAGCAAGCAUCAGACAAUUUAUAGUUAUAUAUUUAAGUUUCGAUCGAAAACUCUAAGUUCUGAUCUACCGAAUUGGAUUGGAGUGCCGAAAUAUUUUGACCAGAUAUUCGUUUGGGGUAUUCCAUAUGUGGGCAACGUUGUCGAGUGGAAGUCCACUGAUAAGAAAAUGGCAGACAUUGUCAUGACAUUAUGGGCAAAUUUCGCUAAAACUUCUAAUCCUACAAAGUCCAACGUUUACGUCAAAUGGAACACGAUGGAGCCGCCGAAGUAUUCGUAUUUGAUAAUCGAUGAAAGCUUUAAUACUGGCUAUCUUUCGGACAAUCGUCGAGUGCAGUUUUGGAAAAAUUUGUAUCCGAAAAUUGUGAAUUUCGCAACGGAAUGCUGUAAUUCCACAAAUGGAGGAACAACUAACCUAAUCUCUUAUAUAAUGUACUUAGUUAUAUGUUUAUGCAUAUGCCUUGAUAUAUAUGUACAAAUACCUAUAUUAACAUAUUUUUAAUAAUAUUUACAAGAAAGAUUAUGAAUAGAUAUCUACCAUUG